CAUAAAUCAAUCACCGUUUAUCUUAUUUUUUUUCGCUCAUUAUCCACGCCCUUCUCUUAACAUUUCUACUGCUUCUUUCUACUUCUCCCUGUUGUUUUCUUCUCCGCCUAAAACUCCAGCUUCAACGGCAUAAGAAAACCACCACAUCUCUCCGUUUCUCUCAGUUUCUCCCCAUUCUCUUCUUCUCCACCUAAAAACUCCAGCGACGAAGGCAAUAAAGGCUGCUCAAGGAGAAGCAGGUGGUAUCCGGAAUGAAAUUUCACCGCCUCAUCUGCAGGUUCCACCAACGCGUUCGACGCCAAGGUUAUCUGGAGACACUUUGCCAAGAAAGGUUAUAUCUGUAUAACUGUAUUAGAGCACAAGAUGGCAAAUUUCUUAUGGGGAGCAUCAAAUAAUAAGCUGAAGUACCACUGGAGAAAAUGGUCUCUUCUAUGCUUACCAACAGGGAAGGGGUCCUUGGAAUUAGAAGCUUAUUACAGGUUGAAAAAGCAUUUACCUUGAAAUUGUGGUAGAAGUGGAAGACAUCUUCCAACUUGUGGGCUCAGUUCAUCACAGCGAGGUAUCCAAGAGAAGGCAACUUUAUUCCAAAGGUAACAGACUCUCCUAUUUGGUGAAGAAUCUGUCACAUGAAUGACUUGGCAUCUACAUUUUGUGAGCAGGGCUCCUCUAACAACUUGAUCUGGAUCCCAGAAAGUAAUGGAGAGUUUUCUUUCAAGCCAGCAUACAAUGUUGUUAGGCAAAAUGAAGCUUCAUCUUUUGUAAACAAACACAUUUUGCAUCCAAGGAAAAAGUUAAAAGUCCAACUGUUUCAAUGGAAACUACUCAAUAAGCUACUUCCAAUCAGAGACAUCUUACUAGAUUCAACCUGAUUCUAAAUCAAUCUAUUUUUCCUUGGUGUAAUGGCCAUUCUGAGACUUUGAACCAUCUCUUUUAUCAGUGUCCUACCAUUGCACCCAUCUGGAAUUACGUUUCGAAGAUUUUGGGAAUUAGUUUACAUCAGGCUCGCUAAUCUAUCAGGCAGGUAUGUUUUCAAUGGUGGCUUCAAGCAGGUAGCAAGACUAUGAUUGGCAUUUUUAAACAUAACCUUCCUGGUAUCAUUUGCUGGAACUUGUGGAAGAUCUAUACGAAUUUGGUUUGGGGCAGUGCGACCUCUAUUCCUUCCUCUGACAAUAUUAUUUGGCAAAUUAAAUUAUACACUCAGACUUGGGCCCUAAGUCUUUCUGGUAUGAAACUAUGUUCUACUGGGGGAAAUUCUAUUCCAAGAAAAUUUGAUGCCCCCUUCAUUCUGUCUGAACAAUAGAUUGUUCAAACCAAUUCGUUGGAAUAAACCUAAAGGUAAAUUGAAAUUGAAUAUUGAUGCCUCGUUCUUACCUAAGAAGGCCUCUCGAGGUGCGAUGAUGCGAAAUGAAAGGGCAGAACUCGUCUUCGCGAUUUAGUUCCUUCUGAAUGUUUCUUCGAGUCUAGUAGCUGAAUUCAUCGCUCUGGUUACUGCUGUUCGAUGGGCUACCGACACCUGCUACGUUGGUUUUCAGGUGGAAGUUGAUGCGUUGGAGGUGCUGGAGCAUACAUCAGGCAACCGAACUGGUUAAGGGACAUAACCCCUUUCUUCUCUUAUGGACUUGGCUAAGCGGAAGAGUAUUUGAUUUGAGUAGCUUUUAAUGGUUUUCCUUGCCAAAAUGAGUAGCUUUGUUCGUUUUGGUAUUUUUGGAGUCAAAAUCGGGGAAUUUAAUUCCGGCACCGGUGUUUGAAAAGCAAUCAGGAUGAGUCCAGAUGCAUUUGAGAGUGAAUUGAGAACUUUGGAAGUCAUCGGGAGGUUUACGAUGAAGAUUUGACAACAAAAGAGCCUUAGGAUUGAUCACGGAAACGAACGGGAGCAUUUAGAGAAUGUAACGGAAGAAAACGAAGAAGAAAAGCCAUGCACGCCAAGCGUAGCUGGGAUGCGGGCCGAGCAUGUGUGGUAGAAGGCUUAAAGGUGAAGGACAAACCCGCGCACGUCGAGCGUGGCUGGGAAGCACGCCAAGCGCGAGGAGCGAGAAACGACGAAAACUCACUGCCAGUCACGCACGCGAGCGUGGCAGGGACGCUCGCCGUGCACGGUACUGAGAUGCGCUUUAUGUUCCGAACGCUCGGACGCCACGCACGCCGAGCGUGGGCGCCGAGCAUGCUCCCAGAUUUCCUAAUUGGGAAAACUGUCAAAUAGGUCCUCCAACUUUCAUAAAAAGGUCAAUUAAGUCCUUCUAUAGGAGGUUCUGUCCGACCGUCGCGAUUUGGGGCAAUUCCCGGUGGAAUGUUUUGAUGAAAUUUUUUGAGCAUCUUAUUCACCAAGUCUAGUUUACUCAUACCAAAUUUCAGCUAAAAAUUCAACCGAGAACACAUUCAAAUUAACUCUUGAACAUAACUGCGCAUUUUUGCAUUCUCGAAUUAAUUUGAAUGCGCUCCCGAUUAAAUUUUUAGCUGAAAUUUGGUAUGAGUAAACUAGACUUGAUGAAUAAGAUGCUCAGAAAAAUUCAUCAAAAAAUUUCACCGGGAACUGCCCCAAAUUGCGAUGACCGGACAGAGUCUCCUAUAGAAGGACUUAAUUGACUUUUUUAUGAAAGUUCGAGGACCUAUUUGACAGUUUUCCCUUCCUAAUUUGAUCAGAAUUCCUCCGUUUUCUAUAAAUAAAGCCCCUAAACCCCUGUUUUCGAGGAACGGAGCUUAGAGAGAGGCCUGAGACGAGUUUAUUUGUAGUUUUCCACUUUGUUCUUCAAGACCCUGGGAUUAUUGGCAAAAAUAUGGACGUGAGCUCCCUUUUCACCCUGAAGAAUAUGAAAGGUAAGAAGAAGGGUCAUGUGGGUCCGAAGCCAGUGGGUGCUUCCGCUAGGAAGGAGCCCUCCCAAACUGCUGCCGCCGGUGCUGGUACCGGAAGUUCCAAGGGCGAGGGGGCCCUAAAGAAAAAGAAUGGCGGUAAGAGGAUUGAGCCCCCGACCAAGAAGUUAAAGGCUGUGACCUCUGGCAAAGAGCCGGCCUCUGACAUCGUCAUCAUCGUGGACGAGGGGCAUGCCUCCGGUCCCAUCCCUCAGGAGUGUGCCCACCAAUACUUUUUCGGCCGGGAGAAGCUGGAGGCAAUUGUGCCGAAGGGGGCCUCGAUCUUGGAGGGUAACCUCGUGCCUUCGGCACUAAUGAGCCAAAUGGUGCCUUCGGCUGACAGGCUGGCUCUCGUUGGAUGAAUGAUGAGGGCCUCCAGUCGAGGAUCCUUCAGAAUAGCGCCUCGGCCUUCAUGGGACUGUGUGAGUAUCUCCGGAGGGUCGAUCAUAUGGUGGAGGCCAGGGGCGCUGCUGAGGAGGAAGCUGCUAGCCUGAGAAAGAAGUUGGCUGAUGCCGAUGAGUCUCUUCGCCUGGCGACCGAGAGCAUGGAGCAGCGGGUGUUGGCUGCAGAGGCCGAAGGCAAGAGCGAGGGCCUGGCUGAGGCUGGGGAAGCACCUGCUGAGGCCGCCCGUGUUGCUGCCUAGGAGGCUGAGAGGGCAAAGGCCGAGGAGGUGGCCAAGGAUGAGAAAGCUGUUGUGGAGGCAUUCAUGACCGGGGGCUGGAUGGCCGAGGACAAGGAAGACUGGGUGUCCUCGGUUGUGGAGAAGAAGGUAGAUGCCUGGGUCGGAGGUCCCGACAAGAUGUGGCUAGCGGAGAGGGGCGACUAUUACUACCAGGGCGGGGAGUUCUUCACUCAACGUCUCAUCUACCGGAAGCUGGCCCAGCACUUCAACGUGUCCUCGAUGGACUUCAAGCCGGAGACCAAUGGCCUUCCCCUCGGCAGCCAGACGUCAGGGUCCCCCUCCCCGAAGGUGAAGAGAGGCCGGUGCUAGAAGAUUCUGAGACCCUGAGGGAAUGUGGCCUCGGUGGUGAUGAAGAUGAGGCCGAAGGCGAUGCCACCUCCAAAGCUGCUGAAGGGGGUGAUGCUGCAGCUGCUGAUUAUUGAUUUGUACUUAGACAUUUUUCGAAUCAUGUAAUGUAAAAAACAUCUUGUAGCUUUCGGCUUCAGCCUGGUCACACAAUUUACUCUUCGUUUCGUGAACGUAUGCCUGCUUUCGGGCCCAUUAAUAUUAUUACUUUCUGUCCUUCGGAUGAAUGAAUGCAUUCC